AUGUUCAGUUCCAGCUCGGCCAUGACCGGGAAACGAGCGGAAAGCUGGUCGCGAUUGCUGCUCUUGUGGCUAUAUCGUUGUGCCCGUGGUCUUCUGGUGCUCUCCUCCAGCUUGGACCGGGAUAAGCUGCAGCUGAAGGCGCCCAAACAGGGCAGCAGAAAUCGCUUCCUGCACAUCCUGUGGCGCUGCAUUGUGGUUAUGAUAUACGCGGGAGUUUGGCCAAUGUUGACCUCAGCCGUAAUAGGCAAACGCUUGGAGAGCUAUGCGGAUGUCUUUGCUUUGGCCCAGUCCAUGUCGGUGUCCAUUUUGGCAGUCAUAUCCUUUGUGAUCCAGGCAAGGGCCGAGAACCAAGUGCGAGAGGUGUUAAAUAGAUAUUUAGCGCUCUACCAAAGGAUAUGCUUGACUACGCGGCUGCGGCACCUGUUCCCAACGAAAUUUGUGGUUUUCUUCCUGCUCAAGUUGUUCUUCACCUUGUGCGGUUGUUUCCACGAAAUAAUACCUCUGUUUGAAAACCCACACUUCGAUGAUAUCAGUCAAAAGGUGGCCACCGGCUUUGGCAUCUACAUGUGGCUUGGAACGCUCUGUGUCCUCGAUGCCUGCUUCCUGGGAUUUUUGGUGUCCGGAAUACUGUACGAGCAUAUGGCCACCAAUAUCAUUGCCAUGCUGAAGCGAAUGGAACCCAUAGAGUCGCAGGACGACAGAUAUCGUAUGACUAAGUAUCGCAGGAUGCUACUCCUGUGCGAUUUUGCCGAUGAGUUGGACGAGUGUGCCGCUAUCUACAGUGAACUGUACCAAGUCACCAACUCCUUUCGUCGGAGUCUACAAUGGCAGAUCCUCUUCUAUAUCUACCUAAACUUCAUAAGUAUCUGCCUAAUGCUGUACCAAUAUAUUCUGCAUUUUCUAAACGACGACGAGGUGCUCUUGGUGUCCAUUGUCAUGGCUGUUGUUAAGUUUGCUAAUCUAGUAUUGCUCAACAUGUGUGCGGAUUAUACGGUGAGGCAGUCAGAAGUGCCAAAGAAAUUGCCUUUGGAUAUCGUUUGCAGCGAUUUGGAUGAGCGAUGGGAUAAGAGUGUUGAAACCUUUCUCGGUCAGCUGCAAACACAACGACUGGAGAUCAAAGUAUUGGGAUUUUUCCAUCUCAAUAAUGAGUUCAUCCUUCUCAUUCUGUCGGCCAUAAUAUCGUACCUCUUUAUCCUUAUUCAGUUCGGCAUUACAGGUGGCUUUGAGGCGUCCGAGGACAUUAAAAAUCGUUUUGAUUAAGCUUUAACUUUAAAUGUGAAUUAUCAAUAGAUAUGUUAAGUAUUUUUCUAAGUUUUCGCGACACCCUCGCUGUAUGGACUCGGUAUCUGUAUCUGUAUCUGUAUCUUAACCUCAACCUCCAGCAGAGAAGUUCACCUGAACCGCCCUGAGUUCAUUAUCGUUCAUUAUGUCCCAUGCCACAAGACAUUCUGAUACAAUUUUCGGAGUGCCUCCGAGAUGAGCUCGUUAAACGGCCAACAAAAAAUUAAAGAAAUGGGAAUGAGCAGCAAAAAAAUGAAAUUUCACGUCUGACACGGUGUAAUUAUCAUAACUUCCCCAACUCCCGUACUCCCGCAACUUAAGUCUUACGUCUAUUACUCCCACUACACUGGAAAAAAAACGAAA